AGACAGGAUUUGAUUUGUUUAUUCAGACUCCCAUUCAUAGAAUGAAGCGUUGAUUCCUUUAACCAUGUAUGCAGAAAAUAGAAAACCAGAAUUCUCUGGUAGAGGGUCAACGAUGAGGCAGAACAGUGUGUCUCGUUUUUCACAGACCAGUCUGCCGGAUGGUACAGAGGAGAAGAUGGUUGUGUGCCACAUCACAGACCCAGAGCACUUCUACUGCCACCUGACUAAAAACAUGCCGCUGCUCAACGCCAUGAUGGACGACAUAGAACAGUACUACACGUCGCUAGGCGCGGACGAUGAACAACUGCCGCAGUUUGUCCUUGGUGUGGCAUGCAUUGCACAGUUUGUUGAAGAUGGAGGAUGGUAUCGAGCCGAGAUUACAGGCUUGCUUGCCAGUGGUUUGAUUGAAGUGAAGUUUGUGGAUUAUGGAAACUCUGAGAGUGUCACCUCUGACCGAAUAAAGGCCAUUCAGGAGAAGUUUCUACAGCAGCCGAUUCUGGGUCUCAAAUGUUGUCUGGCGGGUGUGUCCACUCAUCAGGGAUACUGGUCUCCAGAACAUAUUGCCCAGUUCGAGGAUGUCGCUCUUGACCAGACGUUCACAGGCUUCGUCAACUCUUCUAACAGAGAGGGAGUAUUUAUGCUGGAGCUUACAAAUUCUAAAGGAGUAAAUCUUAACAAGGACUUUGGACUGAAAACUAGCACCGUCUGUUUGGAUGAUUCUAAAAGUAAGAGCAGUCAUAGGAAAAUCAUGAUUGGCCAAGGUGAUGCCGAACUUCAUGUGAGGGUCAUGGACAAAAAUUGUAACCAUAACAUUGAAGCCGAUGCUGCUGAUGACGACAAACUGAAAAACAAAGUAGCAUUGCCAAAUGGUCAGACUGGAGUCAGAGCUACCUAUGUGUUGAGUCCAUCAGAGUUUUGGUGUCACCUUGAUAAGGAUAGUAAAAGAGUAACAACUCUGACAGAUAAUUUGAACAUACAGUAUAAAACAUUGUCUCCUAAGGAAUUAGUUGUAGAUCAUCCAACGGUGGGAAUGUUCUGUGUGGCCAAGUUUCCUGAUGAUGAGUUGUGGUACAGAGGGGAAAUCACUGCAGUCAGGGCUGGCGACUGUGACGUUUAUUUUAUUGACUAUGGAAACACUGCUACAGUUCCAAAAGGUUCGCUGAAGAAGAUGCUUCCACAUUUGAGGAUGGAAUCUCCAUUUGCUGUGAAAUGUUGUCUGUCGAAUGUGAAACCAGUUUCAGCAGCGUGGAGUGAGGAAGCAUCAGAUGAAUUCGAAACUCUUACCCUGGACAAAUCUGUGUUGGCGACUGUUGAAGGAAGAACCAAAGGAGGAUUGAUGCAGAUUACACUGACAGAUACUUUGAGUGGACAUGACAUUGGUGAAAGUCUUGCCCAGCAGAAACUUGCUGUAAUGGUAAAGGCAGGCAGUGUCGGUUUUCCAAAGCGAGACGUAAAAGUGCCCAGCUCUUGCGAGGUUUAUCUCUCUUCUGUUGAAAGUCCUGCAAGAUUUUGGAUCCAGUUAUCCGAAAAGCAGGCUCAACUGGAUGAGUUGGUGGAGAAAAUUGAAGGCUAUUACAGCUCUAAGGGCUCACCAGUGACAUCUGUUCACCAAGGGAUGCCGGUGGUGGCCAAGUUUACCGAAGAUGAAGCAUGGUACAGAGCCUAUGUGACACGGUCCUCUGGUGGGAAGCAUGAUGUAUUUUUUGUGGACUUUGGAAACUCCGACAGUGUGUCUUCUGCAUUUCUGAAAGUGCCGACCGAAGAGAUUUUGCAUGAGCCUGUGUAUGCCAUUGAAUGUAGCUUGAAAGGUGUUGCUCCUCUGAAGCAGAACUCAAACUGGCAUCCAGAUGCUAAAAGUUUACUUGAGGAUGUCACAAAAGAUGGGGCUGUUUGCAAAUUUGUUUCAGUGGGCAGUACUUCGUACGUUGUCGAACUGAAUACAGAUGGAAAGGAUGUUGCGUCUUUUCUCGUGUCUUCAGCCGUGGUGAGAAAGAACACCACUGACGAACCUAGUGCUGUUAGGAAAUCGGGAUAUCCGAAUUCAGUGAGCAUUCCAGCCAAGCACUUGGAAAAAGGGUAUAUUUCACAGACAGAUUCACCAGAUAGCUUCUGGGCCCAGCUAUCAAAGUUCACUGGACAACUGGACGAAUUGAUGGAAAGCUUAGAAGCUCAUUAUUCAUCAGGACGUGGAGUUGCAUUAAUGGGUCCUCGAGUUGAAAUGCCAUGUGUUGCGAAAUACAGUGCAGACAAUGCUUGGUACAGGGCUGUAAUCAAAGAGAUUCACAAGAGUGGCAUCAGCGUCCAUUUUGUUGACUAUGGAAACACUGAAAUUAUUUCUCCUUCUUUGGUGUGUGAAAUAGAAAAACAGUUCCUGGAUACACCCAUGCAAGCUGUUCACUGUAAACUUGCUGUGAACAUGAAAGCAGGAACUACAUUGGAAACCAUCAAUGAGAAAUUUCAAGAGUUUGUGCUUGAAAAAGAGUUGGUCAUUAAAGUUUUGAGCAUUGACGGCGGUGUCUUGAUAGUGGAUGUGCUUGAUGCUGGGCAGUCUGUGAUUGGCAUGUUGAAAAGUGAAUUUCCAUCUGUCAUUAUUUCCAGAGCGUCGACUCCAUCAGGUUCCGCUAUGACCGUGGACUACCCUCCAGUACAGGUGCCAGUUGGUAAGACAAAGCAAGUGUAUGUGAGCUUCAUAGAAAAUCCUGGACUGUUCUUUGUCCAUGCAGAUGUCGAUGACCUGUUGAAUAGCAUCAUGAACAAACUUAGCAAUCAGUAUGCCUCUAAUACAGAACCCACUCUGCCAAAUCCCAGGGUAGGCCAGCCUUGCUGUGCACUAUAUGCAGACGAUGGUGCUUGGUAUAGAGGCAAGGUUGUGUCUGUUGCAGGAGACAUGAUUAAAGUGCAGUUUGUUGAUUAUGGAAAUGCGGAGAAUGUCAGGAGGAACAGUGUGAAACCACUUUCAAGUAGUCAUCUUGCUGUCCCUCCUCUUGCCAUUCAGUGUUUUAUGGACGAUGUUGAGCCCAUGGGCGGUACAUGGACAGAUGAUGCUGUUGCCUUCAUGGAAGAAUUGACCGUGGACAAGGUGUUGAUGUGCAAAUUCAAGACUUCUCAAGCUGUCAAAUUGUUUGCAGGAGAUAUUGACGUAAGUGACAAAUUGAAAGAAAAGGGUUUUGCCAGAACAAGAAAUGUUGCUAUAGGUCAAACAGCUUCCAUAGCUGCAGCUGCUUCAGGUCCAGCUUCUUCAUUGGCCACAAUGAAACCAUGUGCAUUGAGAAAACAGCAAAUACCGCCUGGCUCUAUAGCUGCGUAUAUCAGUCACGUAGAUGCGAAUGGAACAUUCUAUAUUCAAAAGGCAUCGGAUGAUGAUUCUAUUGCAAAUUUAUCAGCAGAACUCCUUCAGUAUUACAGCAGUUCAGGGUCUCCUUCCAGCUUGGUCCAAAAAGGAACAGUUUGUUGUGCUCAGUUCUCAGAUGAUGAUGCAUGGUACAGAGCUGUCGUGGAACAGGUAUCAGGAGGGUGUGCUACUGUCAGAUUUGUGGACUUUGGAAACACUGACAUAUCAUCACUGAAACAUCUGAAAAUAUUGGAGCCACAGUUUUGUGAACAGCCACCUUUUGCAUUUGGAUGCAAGCUUGAAAACCUUACCUCUUGGCCCUAUGGAGUUCAGGAAAAGUUUACGGAUUACACUGAUAACAAAGAGCUUGAUGUCAAGUUCUUGGGAUCGUCUGAGCCGUACACGGUGAGAGUUACAUACAGCGGAAAAGACUUGAGAAGUCAGUUUGUGUUUGAGGAUGCACCAGCAGAACCAUCAUCGUUUGAGAUGAAAUCGCCACCAAGACCAUCAUUUGGUGCAAAACCAAAGUUUGGAGGACAAGAACAAUCAUCUCUUGCUGCUCCUAAAUCAGGUUUUGGAAAAACCUCUACUGAGCAAAAACCAAGCUUUGGGAGACCACCAGCACAGCCAUCUUCUGAUGAACAAAAACCAAGCUUUGGAAGGCCUGCACAGUCAUCUGCUGGUGAAACAACACAGAAGCCAUCAUUUGGUGGACGUCCAUUUGGUUCUUCAGCGAAGACCCCGACAUCUCCACCCAAGAAAGAAGUUGAAGUAAUUCCACUUGAAGAACAGAAGUUCAAAGUUUCAGUGGCUCCGAGGGGACAGGUCGAAGCAUUCAUCUCCCAUGUGGAAGAAGGUAUAAUCUACCUUCAGCAGAGCAAGUACAUUGAAAGUGUUAUGGCUACAAGUGAGAAAAUAAAGAAACUUCCCGAUGGAAUAGCUCAUGCAGCUGUUGGUUAUGCUUGCGGAGCCAUGUUCACAGAAGAUAAAACCUGGUACAGGGCCGAGGUGAUUGAAGUGUCUGAUGACAAAGUGACUGUUAGGUUUGUAGACUUUGGCAACAAAGACACCUUGACCAUGAGUAACAUGAAACCUCUGAACAGGGAACUGCUGUUCCAAGAACCCAAAGCUUUACCUUGUAAAAUGGUGGGCGUCGAUAACCUGACCCCAGAACUCGUGGACAUUUUGGCAUUCAUUACAGCUGACAAGGAAAUAUUGGCUGAAUUUUGUUCACACCAGGCCCCUUUUAAUGUCAAAAUGAAGGAUUUGGAAGGCAAUGACAUUGCUAGUAUCCUUUGUCCAACAGACUUCCCCAUUCAAGAGACUCCUAAAGAGUUGGUUCAGUGUAAAGUGGUCAACAUACUGAGUAGUGGUGUUUUCUAUGUCCAUCUGACGAAAGAUAUGGAACUGAUUCGUCAAUUGAAGGCUGAACUUGAGAUGGACUUUACCGGUGUAGAGCAGACAGAUUCGCCCAAGAUUGAGGUUGGCCAUGCUUAUUGUGCCAAAUCGGAAGAAGAUGCUUGGCAGAGGGCUUUAGUAAAAGAUGUGAAGAAAGAUGAAGUUGAAGUUCAGCUUGUUGAUUUGGGAAAAUCUUGCAGUCUGAAUAAAAGUUGCAUCUUUUCUCUGCAUCGAAGGUUUCUGACAUUCCCUGCACUUUCUUAUGAAUGCAUUUUGAAUAACUUCCGAGCUUGGACAGAGGAACAGAAAGAGAAGUUUGUUGAAAUGACAAAAAAUAAAACCAUGAAUGUACAGUUUCUUACAAAGACGUCGCCAUACAAGGUUGAACUGACUAGAAACAUUGCACUGGAGGUUCUCGGUGAACCGGAGGAAACUGAACCGACUCUUGAUGGAGGAGCUCAAGAAUCAUCAGGUGGAGCAUCGGCCGUCAAGCUCCCACCUCAGACUCUUCCAGACGGAGUCACUGGCUAUGCAUCCUUUGUAGAUACUGACGGGUCUGUUUACAUACAGCUGUCUAACGAGGAGGAAACGCUAAAUAACAUCACAGAACAGUUACAGAGUGAUUACGCGAGUGGUGGACAGGCCGUCAAUCCAGUUGUUCUAGAUUCUACUUGCUGUGCUAAAUUCACAGAAGACGAUGCCUGGUACCGGGCCACCAUUACGUCGGUGAGUGGGGAUCAGGUUACAGUGAGGUUCGUCGACUAUGGCAACACUGACGUUGUGUCAAAAGCCAGGAUUGUGGGUCUGUCAGAUCAGCACUUGCAGAUACCAGCGUUGGCCUACCAUUGUGAACUUCAUAGCUACAGGUCCUGGACACCAGAGUGUGUCGAUGCUCUAGACAAAGUGGUGAAGGAUCAGCCGCUAACCGUGAAGGUGAUAUCGGCUGGCGAUGUCUUCACCGUCGAGCUUCAUCUUGAUGAUGGGAGCAGUGUUGCCGGACACCUUCCUGCUCCAGUAGCCGAAAAAAGUAAAGCAAGCCCAUAUAAUUUGAUAGACUUGGAAUUUGGCAAGAAAACUGCCGUCCACAUCAGUCACGUGGAGUCCAUCUUCACCUUCUACGUCCAGCCUGUGUCAUCGGACGACGACCUGACUUCCCUCGCUGCGGCCAUCAACGAACAUUACACAGCUGACGAGCCCGGCGUCAGUGUGGAUUGGAUGAAGUUGGGGAGUGCCUGUGUGGCCAGGUACACUGAAGACGAGCAGUGGUAUCGCGGUAUUAUCACGUCGGUGGACGAGAAGAAAUGUGGUGUUCACUUCGUGGAUUACGGCAAUGCCGAUAUCAUCAGUAAAGCUAAUGUCCAUCAGCUGAAAGAAGAAUACGCCACCCUCCCAGCUCAGGCUGUGCAAUGCAAGUUGAGUGGCGUCGACGUUUCGGAUGCCAAACUGGAUGAAGCAUCUGAUGCCCUAUUAGAAAUGACGAUUGACAAGGUCGUGUCUGUGGUUGGCAGACGUAAGAUAGUCGAAGAUGAACGUGAUAUGAUCGUCGUAGAUGUCCUGGAUGGGGAUAAAAAUGUUUCUGCUACUCUCGUUGAAAGUGGACUCUGCUCUGCAGUGAUAACAGAGGACUUGGCAGAAGAUGUCUUUGAAGCAGAGUCAGCUAAAGAAACGAUAAAGGAGACCACAGUAGAAGAUGAUUCUACUACCUCGGUUGCCACUGAUGAUGGUUCAGAUAAUGUGGUCAGCAAAGAUGAGGAAUGUAGAUUGGCUGAUGAUGACGUAACACCUGCUACUGUUUCGUCAGAAGGUUUAGAGAAAACCGACUCUAACGUCUGUAACUCUGUGAGUGUUGCUGAAGGCCAAAGGCUCUCUGUCUUUGUCUCCAGUGUGGAGUCGCCCAGCAGGUUCCACAUCCAGCUGGAUGAGCAGAAGCAGAGUCUGAACGAGAUGCUGAACGCCAUGUUUGAUUUUUUCAAUAACCUAGCUGAAGACGAGAUGGCUCUGGAGAAUCCAGCAGUCGGAUCACUCUGUGUGGUGUAUGGCGGAGACGAUGAGUCUUGGCACCGGGCAAAGAUAAUCGAGGUUAAUGAUGACAAGUGCAUCCUGUAUUACGUUGACCAGGGCAAUUCGGAUGGUGUUGAGUGUUCUGCAUUGAAGGUUCUUCCAGAACAGUUUGAAGGUCUGCCACAGCAGGCCGUUGUGUGUUCCCUGGCAGGUAUCAAGUCAUCUGAAGAUGCUUGGAGUGAUGAGGCUGUGGAGUUCUUUCACGAACUGAUUGCAUACAAGACCAUGUUGAUGGAUGUGAUUGGAUUUGAAGACCGUGGAGUUUGCAUUGUCAAUCUGAUCCACAUGGGGACAGCAGUCACCCAGAAGAUGAUGGAGACGGGUCACGGAAUGGAGUUUUCAACCCCCGUCAUCAACAAGAAGGUGAAGCGUGUGUUUUCCGACACAAACGAAACACCAGUCAAGCUGGUUCUCGACGAGAAGGAUGAAUCUCUGUCUGACUUGGACGACAAGUUUGAAGAUUGUGCUGAGGAAGUAGGCCACAUUAAAUUAAGGUAUGUCCCGGUAGAAAUGAAAGCUGGCACUGCAUACAGCGUGUUUGUGACUCGAGUCAGUGAUCCGGGCACUUUCUUCUGCCAGCUGACAUCAUCAGCCCAGACAUUUAAAGAUCUGCAGGAUGAUCUUCAAGCAGAGUACGCACAAGACUCCUCUAAACUCGACCCUGAUGAUGUCGCACCUUCAAUGGCCGUCGUGGCACAAAACAAAGAGGAACAUCAGUUCUGUAGGGCAAAAAUUCUCAGUGUUGACAAAGACAUGGUGAGAGUUUCCUUCGUGGAUUACGGGCAGGAAACAGUCGUACCCAUUGCAGACUUGUGGAAAAUGUCGCCAAAGUUUGUCAUCCCUGUAGUCAAUGUUUUCCAGUGUUUUCUGGCUUGUUUUAAGCCUGUGGAUGAUUCGUGGACAGAAGAUGCAACAAAAAAGUUUCAGGAAUUGACAUCUGAAAAAUACCUUGUUGCCAAAGUGAUAGGACAAAAAACCAGUGUCGUUGCUGUUGAAUUGGUGGACGAGUUUGGUGUGUCCAUUGGACAGAAAUUGGUGGAGGAGAGCCUUGCCAUAGCUGACGAGUCGCCCAGGGUGUCUGUAGCCAGCAGUCAGGGUGGUGAUGAGAGUGCCUCUAGACUGUUUGGUCUGGCCGUCGAUGAUUCCAUCUCUCUAGGCAUUGAAUCGAUAAAUGAGGACACAAUUUUUGGUCAGCCUCUGCUCGAAUCGACCACGGUGGUGGAUGUCUCUGAUGAUCAGUAUCCACUGCUAAGGAUACACAUUGAGAAAGAAUACAAUGUGGACGUCUUGGAGGGCGGUACCCCAGACAGUUUCACUAUUCACUUGUUGGAGCAGGCCAGUCAGUUUAAAAAGGUCAAGGAAAUUCUGUCCAGCAUUGAUGAGAAUGAAGAAGAUUUUGAAGGGACGACAGAUGUGGGAAAACCAUGUCUUGUGAAGGUUGAGGAUCGCUGGUAUCGGGGGAAGAAGAUUGAAGAAAAGGAUUCUUUGUCAUCAGAGGUCCUGCUUGUAGACUAUGCUAAGACGGAAGACGUUGACAACAGUGAUAUCCGAAAACUGCCGAACGAUUUGCUUGAGAUUCCAAUUCAGGCAUUGUCGUGUACACUUGCACACAUUGCUCCAGCAGAUAAGAUAAGAUGGUCUGAAGAAGCAGUUCAGUUUUUCAGAGAUUUUGUUGGUAAUCACCAACUGGAAGUGAUUGUGACGGCUGUGUCUGAUGAUCACGUGUACAGUCUGAGGAUGUCUGACGGGGAAGACCUCGGCGGGAUCAGCAUCAAUCGACAGCUCGUUGAUCUAGGAUUCGCUGAGCCGCUGCUUGGAUCCUUGAUAGAAAUUGAGCUCCAGCUCGAGCAGACGCAGGGAAACUCUGAAAUACUUGAUGAACUUGAGAUUUCCUUCCAUGAAGUUUCGUACAACAGAAAUAACAGCUAUGGAGGUGAUUUAUGCUAUACAGAGGAUGAAACUGCGGACGAAAUGUGUCACACAUUUAACACUACUGGUCAUUCCUUUUCCUCCAUCCUGCUGAAUGAUACAGAGGACACAACAAAGGACAAUACGCUAGAAUUAGUUGGUGACACAUCACUUUUAGUUUUGCCUGAAAUUGUAACACCAUUACCGAGUACCCCGUUACCUGGAGACCCUAAGAAAGAUGAUGAUGAUGAUGAUGAUGAUAAUGCAGACACGGGAACUGAUGGUAAACAGACUGUGUUGCCAGAAGACCAACAACAAGAUGCCAACACUAGAGAUCUUGAAGACUCUGAUGGUAACAUAGACCCAAACAAUAUGGACAGCGACAAGAAAUUGGAGUCGGUUGAUGAUGAUGAUCGUGAUGGAGACAUUGAAGAGAGUGCUGGUGAUGGUGAUCAGUCCUCCAAGGAGAUUCAGGAUGGUUCGGAACCCAAGACAAAAACUGAUGAUGAAUCACGCGAUGCAGAUGAUUGCGACGGGCGCGAGACAUUGCACAGAGAUGGAGAAGGUGAUGCAGUGGGCAGAUCCGACCGUGUUUCUGGCGAGGUGUCCGAUGACACUGAUGGGAGCGAUGAUGCAGAGGACAGUCUGGAGACUGAGCAGCAAAAAGAGAAACCUGACGAGCGCGCGGCAGAAGCUGGAAGUGAUGGCUACAUACAAGAUGGCCCGUUUGAUGAACCGGAACGAGAUGAAGUGCUAAAAGAGAAUGGUAAAGAGACCUCCGAGGACGAGGACAAUGAUGUAAAGAGUUGUACAGAAUUUGUUGAAAGCACUGAAGACCGUGAUGGCAUGCCAAGUGAACCCAAACAGGCAUCUGUGAAAGAGUCUGAGCUAGAUAUCGUGAAUUCUGCUGCUGGUGGGGUGGGCGUAACCAUGUCCGAUUCUCGGACAGCUUGCGCUCGGCUAGUCUCCGACCUGGUAGAGGGAGCCAGCGACACGAUGUUAAACACCAGUGACGAUACCGACUUGAAUUCUGAGGACAAAGAUCAUUCCAAAUCUGAUGCGAUUAAAUCCGACACCAACGAACCUUGCAGUUCCAGCCCAGCGUCGGAGGAUUUCUGUGAAGCCAGAGAGGAUCUGUCAUCUCCAGACAAAAAGAGCUGCAAAGAUGGCGACGUCAGCACUUGAGUGAAGAUUCCAAACUUUUUUUCAGAAUUAUUGUUAUACAUACUUGUAACUGUUUUCAUGUGCUGUGCUGUCGAAUGCACUGUUUUCAUGUGCUGUGCUGUUUAAAGCACUGUUUUCAUAUGCUAUUCUGUUGAAAGCACUGUUUUGUGUGUACAUAUUUAGAUUGUCUUGGGAGAGGUUCUGAAUUCUGCACACUUGCCAGUUAGUUACCAUUUUAAUCUUUUAACCAGUGUAUUGCCUAUAUAUGUUUUUCGUUGUAUGUAUAUUAUGGUGUCCUGUGUAUAUAUAUUUUUUGGGGGUUGGGGGGGGGGGGGGGGUAAAACACAUUGUUUGGUAUAUAUGGAAGUGAAAGAAAUACCUACUACAUACCUUUGAUAAAUAAAAAGAAAUAAUCAGAAAUAAAAUAUAUUUUAUUUGUUCUCUUUUUACCAAAAUUCACUGAUUUGCUUUGGACUAGUCAUUUGUAUUUUGAGAAAUCUAUUGGUUAUAUUUCUUUCAGAUUUAUAAGACCAGAGUUUAAACUUUAUUGGUUGAUAAUAAAAACAAAUAUUCAAUUGAAAUAGACUCUUUAAUUUUCAUUUGCAAUCAGUAAGCAAAAGGAAGCUUGAUCCUAGUUUAUUUUUAUUUUUACUAGACUUUUGUAUAAUUGUCUUUCACUAUGCCAGUGGUUUCAGGUAAAUCAAGUUGCCACUGUUCAGUGAAUCUCUUCCGUUUGGUGGCUAUACGUCAAGCACCAUACAGUGUGACAGAUUUUGAAUGGAAACAGAAUUUUAGUGAAUUGUUGAGAAAGUAUUACCAUAUUAUCUUUGACAGAAGUACUUAAAAUGUUUUCCUUUUUUUUAAAAGUAUGAAAACAUAAAAUCGUAUGUAGACUAGUUAGUAUGAAAGUAAGUUUGUAUCUGAAAUCUACAUGCCAUUGCCAAAAUAUAGGUGUAGUUUAUAGUGCUGAGCUUACAGAUGUCUUGAAAUUUUGCAGAAAUAUAUAUUUUCUUAUUGAUGUCUUGUUCAUAAUAUUAUCUUUUACUGUUACCUUUAACCUACUAUAGCUAUUUUUGUAUGAUUACGUUGGGCAUUGGUUUGAUGUUACUUUUUGUAGCCUAGUAUUGUAGCAUUUUAAUGUUAGUCUUGUCACCUUGUAGAUUUUGAAUAUUUUUCAGAUACGUGUUUUGUUUGAUAGAUCUAAUAUUAAACUGGUAUAGAUCUAAUAUUCAGUGGAUGACAUCCUAUUUUGUGCUCUUAAAUGGAGAAAAAGAUCUUUGAAUUUUAAAACUUUUUUUGUCUUCAAUAUACAGUGGAUACAUUAAUUUUAAAAAUCCUAUUUAAAACCAAUGUUAUUAAGAUGUUCUAUUCUCCCUUUUUCAAAGAAAAAAUCUGUUGAAUGCAGUACUGAUUUUUUUUUUCCCACCUUGGAAGAAAUUCUAAUGGUCAUUAGACUCAUCUGUAUUAAUGGUCAAUUCAUUUCAUUUGUAUUAUGUCCACUGUAUUAUGUGCUUUAAUUUUUUAGAUUUCCUGAUCAUUGCUUUUAUUUUAUAAGCUAAUUUUGUGUUCAUUGUGUGUAUUCACCCAUAUAUUAAUCCAUACAUUGUUGUUAAAAAGUGAUCUAAUAAUAAAUAUUGAUAAAAAAAUAACUUGGUGCUGAAAAGGCUAAUUUGUUAUACUGCUAAUAGUAGUAAAUUCAUUUAAUUAUGUCAUAUGUAUAAGACAAAAGGUAUUCUUGCUUUUACCAGUUAGAUUUUCUUAUUUUGGAAGAAUGGAGCAGAAAAUUACAGUCAUAUUUUCAGGCCAAAUGAUUGUUAUCGGUACUCACUGUAACAAUUCUCAAACACUUUAAUAAUUUUAUAAAACCCAAACCUUUGAAGUUAUUGUGGAGAAAUAUAUUGUUCAGAGGAGAAGUUAUGAAUUUUUUUGUUUGUUUUGUUUUGCUGCAGUCACAAGUAUUUUAUUACUUGUAUAAUUAUCAACCUUUAUCACUGUUAAUACUCCAAUCCAUUUGUUCAGUGUAUCAAAAUUGUGACAAGAUUAAACCAAGGCAGCUGACAAUUUAUGCGAAAACACUCCUAUUUAUUAAAACUGGUGUUUGUAUUUUGCGUUAGAAAACAGUUUGCAGAUUUAAGGUGCCUAAAAUAUUGAGUCAUCAAAAUAUGCAUAUAUAAUUCUUUUUUCAAAAAUCCAUCUUAAAAACAGUACAUAUACAGCCCACUUUCCAUGUACAUGUGGAUAUGUGCCCUUCCCUUCGUGCAUUUUCAUCAAAUUAACACCAUAACUUGAUGUUAUCAUUGUAUGUUUUGCCAGUGUUCAAGCAAAUGUAUUUUAUAAUACAUGAAGUAGUUCAUUAUUUGUACAAGAAAUCACAUUGUAUGCUGAAUGCAAUAUGUGAUGUAAUACUGCACAGAAACCGACAUUGAUUCUGGGUGUCUGAAAUUUGGCAGAAAACGUUUGUGCCCUGUUGGGCAUUGUUUUCCUCUCUUCAGAAUCAUUUUCAAAAAGAAAUUAAUAGAACAAAUUCAGUCCGAUUUAGAUUGAAAUGUCUACAUGAUUAGGUGCUGGGCAACAUGUAGUUGUGACACCAAACAAUAACAUAAUCAAUCACCGUUUUGAGGUAUAAAUAAGGCAAUUCUAACUAAUAAAACAUAGGUAAACUAAGUUUUGUUUAAUCAGAAACAUUUCACACACAGUUUCAUUUAACUAUCUGUGCAAAAAUAUAGUUCUAAUUCUGCUACAACAUAGAUAUGUAACAAUUUCACUAUAGUUGUUGAUGUUAAUUGCUUAAAAUAUUUUCAAAACUGUAUUUUAACGUGAAAUUGCAACUUGACAAAUAAGUAAUUCAACAAAUUAAAAAAAACUUUUUUUUUACAGAGUAAAGGUGCUCUAAAUGUUGAAUAUAUUUGUACAAGAAGAAAACCUGUACAUUAACAAGAUGCUGGGUAUUUGUACUGUAUUGAUGUGAUCGCACAUACAUGGAAAGUGGGCCUACACUGAAAAGCAUGAAAAUAUGACUGAUCUUUUCAUUGCUAGGAAAAGAUGUUGAUCGACACUACUAGAAAUAACCUUUGUUAUAUGUCUGUCGUACAAAAUUGCAGAAAUGUUUUCCUGUGCACACAAAAAAAAGGUCUCGGACCAACUGCAAAGUUUGUAAAGGGUUGGAAUUUGACAGCAUAAUUUUGCAAAUCAUCUUGUACUGUUUGUGAAUGACCAGACAUUAUUAUUUUUUAAGCGAUUUGAUUUUUCUUUCAUUGUUAACAUAUAUCUAGUGCAAUACUUGCACAGAAAUGGUUCCUUGAAUAUACAUUGUUCAAUUUCAUUUGUUAUCAUUACAACAGAGACUUCAUGUAUGUUUAUUCAGUCGUUUAUACCUUUCACUCAAAUUAUUUUAUAUUUUUCACUGAGGGUUUAAGCUGGGGGAAAACAGUUAAUAUUAAGAAGCCAAGCUCAGUACAACAAAACUCUGAUCACGAAAAUACUACUCUUGUGUGAUCUGUUUGAUAUAUUUAGCAAUUUUGCAAAUGACAGUUUUAUCCCUCAUUGUUGGUCUCUAAGCAAUUUUAAGUUUUGGUCUUAUGCUAGUCUUAGACUACCAAUUGCCAGUACAAAGUUUGCCAACUUUCUGCUCUCGCGACUUUUACGACUAUCCAGUUUCUUUUCUGUGCUCUCUUACAACUUUGUUUUUGUCGUAUAACCCAUUAGUUAAUCUGAAUGCACCCCUCUAAGUCGGGAGUUGGGGAAAAUUAUAACACAACAGUCCAGUUGGCCAACUUUGUCAUGACAGUUGACAGUCUGACAUUAGCAUUAGUUGAUGUAGUUUCAUGUUGCUGUUCCACGUUGUUUUAAACUGCAAACUAGAGCACCACAAUUAUCGAGGGAAUGUGACAGAAACCACACGUGUAUAUGUAGUUUAUAAGUGUUAAACGUGUUGAGGAUUAACACCACAAUUACUAUGCACUCUUCGAGUUCCUUUGAGUAUUUGUACAGCGAGACAUUAAAACAAUUAUCAUAUGCAGAUGUCAACCCAUGUAUGCAAUACGUUGUGACAGGACAUAAUACUAUGAGAAAGAUUAUAAUAUCAGGGAUUGAGAGAAAUCAGUGUUGUGUGGUAGCAGUUUAUUGUAUUUCCUGAAAUUGUGGGCCAGAGAUUCCAUUGUGAAGUUGCAGCAGAUUUGUUAUUUGUUUUGGACUCACGGUGAACUGUAUAUACAAUGCAAUAAUUUUUCAAUGUGGAAAGAGUAAUUUCAUGAAAUCCAGCUUGUGCAUGUAUGACGUCUAACCAAAUGUCAUCUACCUUACAGGUAAUGAUUUCUGGAUUUAGGUUCUUCUUUGCUUCUCUUAAUCCUUUGUUUCAAAGAUUUGAAAAUUUGAUUCCAGUCAUUGAUCAAGAAGUAUGAAGUGAUUAGAAACCCCCCCCCCCCCCCCAACCCCACACACCCACCAAAAAACCCAACCAAAAGAAAAACAAAAAAAGAAGAAAGAAAAAAAACUAAAUAAUAUUAAUAAUCCCGCCCCAAAACAAAAACCCCACCACAAGAAAAACCCAGCAACCUUCAAAUAUAAAAAGAAAUGCCCCUCUUCCCCAAUUCUUAGAACUUUUAUUUCCAAGUAGGAAUUUUGGGAGAUAAAGAUUUGUACAUUGUGCCAGAAAGUUUUAAUGAACUGACCAACUCAUUCUUACCUCUAUGACUUACUGAUGUCAUAUUACUACCUCUUGAUUUCAAAUUGUGGUGGCUUGAUUGUGGAACAGAAUUUGUGAAUAUCAACCAAUGAAGAGAUUACAUCUGUGGGAUUUCACAAGGCCGAAGGACAAAAAAUUUGGUGUUCAAGAUAUAUAAAGACUUCGGAACUGAAUUUGUGAAUGAUCUGCCGGAUAGAACUAAUGGAGGUUGGAGCUGUGCUUUGUGCACUUGAUUGCGAAAACGGUUUUGGAGUUUUAAGACUUAACUAAGACUGCGACCGUUUUCAAUGUACUAGUCAUAAUGUGCAAUAUUCAUCAGAAUCUGUGAUAAAAAUGCAUUUAAUACUA